AUGUGGCGCUUCUGGUUUCGUCGCGAUGUCGUUGAGAAUUCGGGCGAGAAAAGCGAAAUCACGCUUGACCCUGAGUAUAUGGUUAAAUGGGAUGCUAAUGACCAGUUAAACCCGCAAAAUUGGCCUGUUUCGUUCAAGUGGUGGGUGACGUUUCAGUUGGGGAUGCUUGCUUUGGCUGGGAGUCUUGGUUCAAGUAUUAUCACUCCUGCCGAUAAUAUUAUUGCCGAGUAUGUUGGGGUGAGUAGUGAGGUGGCGGUUUUAGAUGUCUCAUUGUACCUCGUUGGCUUCGUCUUCGGGCCUAUCAUCUGGGCGCCCGUUUCUGAAAUCUGGGGUCGCAGAGUGAGCAUUCUUCCACCAGUCUUUUGCCAGGCCCUUCUUGCUAUUGGCACAGCAAGAAGCACAAAUGCGGCUUCGGUGUAUUGUACACGCUUCUUUGCUGGCUUCUUCGGCUCUGCUCCCAUCAGCAAUGUCAUCGCUGCACUCGGUGAUAUCUGGAGUCGAGAGACACGAGGCGUGGCUGUCAGCUUGUACGCAGUGGCUGUGAACGGUGGUCCGGCAAUUGGUCCCGUUAUUGGCGCUGCAAUUAUCUUGAACCCACGUCUUGACUGGCGUUGGUGCAGUUACAUCUUGGCUAUCUGGGUCUUCGUCACAUUCAUCAUGGCCUACUUCUUCCUACCCGAGAUGUAUCCACUGGUUUUGUUGAAGAGGAAGGCGCAGACGCUUCGCAAGGAGAGGAAUGAUCCUCGAUACUUCCAUCCGCAUGAGCAUAUUCAACUUGAUGUUCACUCCAUCGUGACCAAACAGCUUUCUCGGCCAAUGAAGAUGCUUUUCACGGAGCCGAUCGUAACCUGCAUUGCAAUAUACGCUUCCUUUGUCUACGGUGUGAUGUACCUCACGUUGGAGGUAUUUCCUAUCGUAUUCCAGGAAAUUCGAGGAUGGAAUCCUCUCAUCGGUUCCCUGCCUUUCCUGGCACUACUGAUCGGUGUCAUAUCCUCCGUUGGUCUUAACAUCUGGAACCAAUACCGCUAUAACCGGAUCGCCAAAGCAGCCAAUGGACAAGCUGUCCCCGAAGCUCGAUUACCGCCCAUGGCCUUCGGCUCUGUAUUCUUCGUCAUUGGUGCAUUUUGGUUCGCUUGGACCGCAGAACCUCCUCACCACUGGAUCCUACCUUGCCUCGCAGCGUUGUUUAUCGGAGUCGGCUUCAACUGCAUUUUCCAACAGUGUUUGAACUUCCUCGUUGAUGUUUAUGGAAUCUAUGCUGCCAGUUCCACAGCUGCGGUAACUUUCCUUCGAAGUAUAAUGGCGGCUGGUCUUCCUUUGGCAGCCAGGCCAAUGAUUCAGGCUCUGGGUGUUGGCCCGGGUGUGUCGAUUAUCGGCGCUGUCGCUGCUGUAUUGCUGCCAAUUCCAUUUUUGUUUAUGAAAUAUGGACCGCGGAUACGGAGAUUGUCGAAGCUUGUGCCUGAGAAGGUUAAUGGAUGA